UCAUCUGAUGUUAAUAUAAAAACAUAUAUGAAACAGGGAUGUGUUGCUGUGUAUCUGUGUCUACAUGCAGGUGUGCUUAUUCACCAAAGAAAACUAUGUUGCCUUAAUAUGUGGAUACAUGUAUAAGAGAAAAUAUAAAAUGACUGGGGACGAUUGAGCACCCGGAAGAAGAGCCUUGGCCUCUUAUUUCCAGUCUCCUGUAACCUGCAACAGUUCCCGGUUGCACUACCAUCAUCCAGUUGAAGUAAAAAGAUGGCGUAUCAGAAGGUUAGUGCAGAUCAAAGAGCUCCGGGACACUCCCAGUACUUAGACAACGAUGACCUGCAAGCCACUGCCCUGGACCUGGAGUGGGACAUGGAGAAGGAACUGGAAGAGCCUGGUUUUGAUCAAUUCCAGGUGGACAGUGCUGAGACCCACAACCUGGAGCACUCGGAGACUACAGACCUCAAUCUUGAGUCCAUUCAGCCAGCUGCGUCGCCCAAGGGCAGAUUCCAGCGACUUCAAGAAGAGUCGGAUUAUGUUGCCCACUACUCGAGAUCUGUACCAAAGAGCGGCCGCUGCAGCUUUUGCUACCUUUUAAAACUCUCUUGCACAGCCAUCAUUGUAUUUAUUUUUGGGAUUUUGAUCGGGUAUUAUACGCAUACAAAUUGCACGUCAGCUGCUACAUCGUCCGCAUCCAUUGAACCUCAUUUUUACCAAGAGAUUCUCAAGACGAUCCACGCAGAAGAUAUUAAGAAGUCUUUCAGAAAUUUGGUACAACUAUAUAAAAGUGAAGACGACAUGGAUGUUUCCAAGAAGGUGAAAGCCCAGUGGAUUUCUUUGGGCCUGGAAGAUGUACAGUUAGUAAAUUAUUCUGUGCUGCUUAGUCUGCCAGGCCCUUCUCCCAGCACUGUGACUCUGAGCAGCAGCGGCCAAUGCUUUCAUCCUAAUGGCCAGCCUUGCAACGAGGAUGCCAGAAAAGACAGCAGCCAAGACCUGCUCUCCUCGUAUGCAGCUUACUCUGCCAAAGGAACUCUCGAGGCUGAAGUCAUUGAUGUCAGUUAUGGGACUGCAGAUGAUUUAAAAAGGAUUAAGAAAAUGAAAAAUACAACAAAUCAGAUUGCACUCCUGAAACUAGGAAAAUUGCCACUCAUUUAUAAGAUUUCUUUACUGGAAAAGGCAGGAUUCGGAGGUGUUCUUCUGUAUGUUGAUCCUUGUGAUUUACCGAAGACUGCCAAGCUGAGCUAUGAUACCUUCAUGGUGUCACUGAAUCCUGGAGGGGAUCCAUCUACACCUGGUUAUGCAAGUGUUGAUGGGAGUUUUAGACAAAGCCGAUCUAACCUCACCUCCCUGCUGGUACAGCCCAUCUCCGCAUCGCUCGUUGCAAAAUUAAUCUCUGCACCCAAAGCUAACACCAAAAAUGACAUCUGUACCCCUCUAGUACUUCCAAACAAUGAAAUAAGAACAAUUCGCCUGCAAGUUCAGACAGUCACAAAAUUCAAGGCCGUUACAAAUGUUGUUGGAUAUGUAAAGGGUCUCACUUCUCCAGACCGAUAUAUCCUAGUAGGCAGCCACCAUGAUUCACUGAAUGGCUACAAUGGACAAGAAUGGGCCAGUAGUACUGCAAUAAUCACAGCUUUCAUCCGGGCCCUAAUGUUAAGGGUUAAGAGAGGGUGGAGGCCAGAACGAACUAUUGUUUUCUGCUCCUGGGGAGGAACAGCUUUUGGAAGUAUUGGUUCAUAUGAAUGGGGAGAGGAAUUCAAGAAGGUUCUACAGAAAAACGUUGUGGCUUACAUCAGUCUCCAUCAUCCUGUCAGAGGUAACACAAGUCUAUAUCCGGUAGCAUCCCCAUCUCUUCAACAGCUGGUAGUAGAGAAAAAUAAUUUCAAUUGUACCAGAAGAUAUCAGUGCCCAGGAGCCAAUGUCAGUUCCAUACAGAUACAAGGGGAUGCCGAUUUUUUCAUCAACCAUCUUGGAGUUCCCACCGUGGAGUUUGCUUAUGAUGACAUCAAAGCAUUAGAGAGUCCAAGUUUUCUCUCUGAAGCCCUUUUUCUGAGACGUUCACGAAGCAUUGAAGAAAUGGAUCCUUUUUUCAACCUUCAUGAAUCUAUCACUAAGCUCUCAGGAGAAGUGAUUUUGCAAAUUGCCAAUGAGCCAGUCCUGCCCUUUAGUGCUCUUGAUAUAGCUUUAGAAGUUCAGAACAAUCUUAAAGGUGAUCAGUUUGGUACUCAACAGCUGCUAGCUAUGGCAUCACGCUUGCGGGAGACUACUGAACUAUUCCAGUCAGAUGAGAUGCGACCUGCAAAUGAUCCCAAGGAGAGAGCGCCCAUCCGGGUCCGAAUGCUGAAUGACAUUCUCCAAGAAAUGGAGAAGAACUUCCUGGUGAAACAGGUGCCUCCAGGCUUUUAUAGAAACAUCCUGUACCGUGUUGAUGAGAAGACAAGACAGUUUUCGUUACUGAUGGAGGCUUGGGAACACUGCAAGCCACUGGCAUCAAAUGAAACUUUUCAGGCAGCCCUGUCAGAGGUGUUGAACAGCAUUAAUUCAGCUCAGGUUUACUUCAAGGCAGGACUUGAUGUGUUUGAGAGUGUCUUGGUUGGAAAGAACUGAGGAAACGCUCCGCAUUUUAAAUAGUUGGUUUACAGUUUCGCAAGCUAAAGUUCUCAUCAGAACAGAUAUUUUGAUAAUGAAGAUCUUCUCUCCAAAAUGACUUUUUGACACUUAUAGGGCAGUUGUUCCAUUGUAUUUUUCAUGUGCAUAUAAAAAUAACAUUUUGCACAUUUAAUAGUUUUCUUAUCCCUGUGUUUCUGAAAAUAUAAAAGCCAGUUAUUCAAAUAAUACUUAAGAUUUAUCUAUUAAAAAGAUAUCUGCUGUAUUUUUAUACAUAUAGACUAUUUGGGGGGAAGAGUUCCAUGUUCUGAACAAUGUUCAUGCGUGUGGACAGAACACACAGAAACAGUUUAUUCCCCCAUUAUAGAGUUAAUGGCCUAGUCUCAGUAAUAGGAAUAACAAGUUGGCAUGUUUUUAGAUUACCCUCACUGCUAAGUGUUCAAUAUGAAGAAUUCAAGUAUUCUGACAGAGUGAUUGGUUGCCUCAAGCCACUUCGAAUGUUUCUAUUUUGUGAAAUGAAGUUCCUUUUCUUAACACAACUAGAUGUAGUAAUACACUGCUUAUGAAAUUGUAUUUUUUUAAAGUAUUGGUGAAAAAGAGCCAUAAACAUUCCAGGGAAAAAUCUCAAGGUAACUGCACAGAGCAAUUUAAAUGCAAAUUUUUUCCUAACUUAGAAGGAGACUAGCUUUGAAACCCUUGAUUUGCUUUAGUUGAUUUUUGUAAGCAUUUCAUGAGUGAUGUAUGUCUGAAAGGGAGGACGUAUUUCUUUCUUUACGUUCUGUUUUGCUCAUGUUUCCUUUGAAAGCAGCGGCAACUCCAAAUCAAAGUGUCUCAUAUUACUUUUCCUUCUUGCAUCUUUUCCCAAAGUCCCUCGACAAAGCAGUUGUCAUGGACUACUAUAUAAUUUCUAGAGAGAAUUUGGAAAGUUUCUCUUCAAAAGCAAACUGUAUUAAAAAGCAGCAAAGUCAUAUUUCUGCCACAAACCAAAAAGAUUUAUUAUGAAAGAAUUAUUUUUAUCAAUGAAAAACACAUUAAUUUUAUUAAAAACUUUUGAUAGUUUCCACUUGGUUAAUCUUAGUUGUGACUAAGAUUAAAGAAAGUACUUGUGCUUCUAAUUUCAUGCAGAAAAAUGCAGUUAUAAUAUUAUAACAAUGUGUCUUUCACAAUAUUUAAUUCCUUUUUUAUGUGGAAAAUUAAGAUUUUCAUAUUAACAUUGUCGUUGCCUAGUUUAUUUCUCUAUAAUAAAAUUCUACCUAUUAGAUGGUAGAUUAAACAUGGUUAACUUUCAGGAAUCAUAUUACGUGGUACAGGGUAAAGCAAUUUUCCUUAGGAAAUAUAUCUUAGGAUUUUUCAUGUGAAUUUUUCUGCUUUUGCACGUUGGA